GAACAGUCAACGGCCAGCCACGGUGAAGGUAGCGGCCAUCCCUCGAAAAACGCACUGGUGGUGUCGGAGAAAAGUUUUUUCUCUCUACUUUUCAUUAUUGAUUUAUUUUAUUUUAUUUUUUCAAGCUGUGUCGUCGGAACUAUUUUUAUUUGUGAAAUAUCGACGUGCAUCAACCGGAUACACGAUACGUGGAGACGAUUUUGUUUCGCGAUAUUUUGUGACGACGAUAUUUCGAGUUUGUUUUGUUCAGAGAGUGCCAUGAGGAUCUAGUUUUUUCGACCAAGAUCUCCGAACGUAUGAGAUUAAUCGAUUUUAUGAAGUCGAGCUGAAAGCCCGACGAAAGAUUCCUCAAAUUGGGAGGUAAUACGGACACGAAGAAGGGACAAAAGGAUUGGGAAAACGAGCAUUACCGAUGACGAUGUCAGAUACGGGGGGCGAGGACAACCCGGCGUUUAGCAACGACGAGGACUGCCCGAGUCAAAGUACCUUGGAGAACAGCCACACGGAGAGUCUCCAGCAGGAACAACACACGAACAAUUCGACCAUUAAGGAUCACGAUCACAAGACUGAGUCUCCGAAAAAGGAGAAUGAAAACAAGGAAAAAUCCUUCGUAUCUCAGCACUACGUAGAACCGGUUCGCAACGGUACGGAAUCGCAUUCGUACAAAACGGAAACGAGGAUCGAGCUUCCGGCCGAUAGCAACGAAAAAAAUGGCGUUGUCUCACCGCCAAGCGGCGUUAAAGUCAAUGGUGUCAAUGGCAAUGGGAACAACAACGAUGCCAGCUUUCUCAACACAAGUGCCACCAGCAUUCAGACGAAUGACGGGAAAAAGGAACAAAUCGAGGCCGUGAAUCUCGAGCUCGUCUCGAUGAGGCCCUACACCGGUAACAAUCUACAGACGAAAGGACAAGAGGCAUGCGAAGUUCCGACCGACCCUUACGAGGAAUAUUUCGUUCCUGUCAACGAGCACCGGAAGUACAUGAGCAGCAGCCCAAGCGCAGAGGUCGAAACUACAGUAGCCGGAGUCCGUUUCGAUCUUGGCCCCGGAGUCGGACGCGAGGGAUUGAGCUUACGAGAUCCGGCAGCAGGACUGGUCGACUAUUCCCAUUGGCUCAAUGCCCUAAGGGGCGAGAAACUUUACGUAACUAAAGACAAACGGUCGCGGAGCUCUUACUGGAGGAGAGCAGCGUGCUGGGGAUGCGGACUCUUGAUACUCGCGAUAGCGCUCAUUAUUGCCAUACUUGCCGGCACCGGUGUUAUUUUAGCGCAAGAAGCAACGCAACCUUUGGAGACCGGGGGCCAAGUGAGCUCACAAGCGUUCGACGAAAUACGCGCAGCUGGCAGCCAGGAAUACGUCAAAAAUCCACCGAGCAGUCCGCCACCGGAAACGUCCACUUUUCCACCGUGGCAAACUACCGAGGAAACGGCUUUCGAAACAGUGCCCGAGGCCCUUGACGGAACUAUGAUCCUUGAUAAUCUUGACUGGAUUGACGAACUGGGGGAUCCGAAAUCGCGGGUUUACAGGGACGUGUCGAGCGAAAUCGAAAAAAAUCUGAGCCAAAUGUUUCAUCCAGCUGCAGCAACUGCGAUUAUAAAGGUUUACAAUAUCAGUGACAACGGACAAGUGAUGUUCAGAAUAAGUUAUCCGCCGACAUCGACGCCCGAAGCUGCCCAAAAAGACAUGGAAAAAAUGCUGCGGAAUAAUGGCAACAUGAUUGGAAAGUAUCACCUUGGAAAAUUCAACGUUAAACGAUUGAUCAACGAAUGCCAAUACAACAAUCUCGAGUGCUCGGAAACGUGCCGCUUCGACUAUUUCAAAGGCGUAUUUGCCUGCGCGUGUCUGCCUGGUAAAAUUUUCGACGAUAGCGGGAAGAACUGCAUCGACGAGAGCGACCUGAGCAAUGUUGACAUGGAGAAAAUCUUGCCGGAAUCAAACACGGAGUCGGUUCAAGAUGUUGUUCAAGGCAGAAGCAGGGCGCCGGAAGGGGCUUUCGAUCCCAGACGACCGGACGACUGGAUCGACGCACAUCCAGAAACCGCGACGGAAUCUAUCGCUGAACCUACGAGUGAACCCUCAGCGGAACCUAAAUCAGAGCCUGAACCGACAGCUGAACCGAAAUCCGAGCCUGAACCUUCGGCGGAACCGAAAUCCGAGCCUGAACCUACGGCGGAACCGAAAUCCGAGCCUGAACCUGCGGCGGAACCGAAAUCCGAGCCUGAACCUGCGGCGGAACCGAAAUCCGAGCCUGAACCUACGACGGAACCGAAAACCGAGCCUGAACCUUCGGCAGAACCGAAAUCGGAGCCUUCGGCAGAACCAGAGUCUAACCCGGAACCGUCAUCAGAGCCAGAACCCACAGGAGUCACCGAGUCAGUGGAUCAAGCCUCGGCCAAUUCAAAACCAGAGCCACAACCUUCGGAAGAACCAAAUUCCGGAGCCGAACCUUCUGCGGAGCCAAGCUCAGAACCAGCGUCUCAUCCAGAGCCGACACUACAGCCGGUUCUUCAUGAAGCGUCAACGGAGCCAACGUCAGAACCAGAACCUUCAGCAGAACCCGGAGCACCGAUCGAAGCAAAAUCGGAAGCGGAACUCACUGAUCACAAUUUUUCAGCUCAGCCCAUCUCAGAGCCUGAACCUACUGCAGCGACCAAAGCAGCCAGUGAAGUUUCUCCAGAAGCGAAACUAGAAUCUUCCACUUUAGACGAGCCAAAAUCAGAACCGGAGCCCACAGUCGAACCCGAACCUUCCGCGGAACCCGGAACAGAGUCCGUACUUUCUAGUGAGCCUAAUUCUCCCGCUCGAUCGAAAUCACAGCUCGAGCACGCAACGGUGACUUCGACUCCGUCGACGUCCGAAUCUGAGCCUUCGGCAGAGCCGAAAUCAGAGCCCGAACCUUCAGCAGAACCCACUUCAGAGCGAGAACCAGCAGCGGAGCCGGAACCAUCACUCGGCGUUGAUCACCCUUCUGUGUCUAAAAACGACUCUGAAAAGUCCUACGACAACCCCAUUGAGCCUGAAAUGAUCAACGACUCAGGAUCCGGCGCGAGUACAGAAGCUCCUGCCGAGACGAAAAACAUUCACGAGCACGGUACUGAACCAAAACCCGAAAGUGACUCCGCGCUCCAGUCUCCAACUGAGCCAUCUGCUGAGCCGGAGCCAAAACUCGAUUCCACUCCAAUGGACAUGGACCGUGAUGGGCCCGAUCAUCGCUCCAACGACGAACAAGUUGCCGGCGUCGAAGACGGUGUACCUUCGGAAAAAAUCGACGAAACGAGCUCAGAGCUUCAUACCAUCCCGGAGCCAACGUCCCAGGAACCAGCUACGGAAUCCUCACCGGAAGUCACCACUUCCGUGGAACCUGAAUUAAAAUUUCCUGACGGUUCAGGACCAUCCGAAAAUUCUAUUGCGACCCCUACGAUGAGCGCGUCCGUAGAACCUGCAGCUGAGCCAGCAUCGAACUCGAUCCAUGAGAGCAGCAUCGAAAGCACUUCCGGAGCGACGGAGCCGCAGUCCUCGUCGGAAAGUCCCGCUUCCCCUGAGCAUGAUGCGACGACAGAACAGCUUUGGAGAGAAAAAUCAUCGUCUACCUCUGAAAUCGAUUCUCGAGCAAAAACGAGUGUCGGAAGUCAAGAGGCCGGGGCAGAUACAAUCGGAGUUACUGCGGCUACGACGGCGCGGUCCGCAAGCACCGGAAACUCGGGAGCUGUAGAAAUCGAAACUUCGACGAUGUCUACGAACGCCAACGAAGCCGAUACAAUUCGUCCUGAUGCCGUAAUUGUCGAGACAAAAGCUCAAGAUUCUAGCGAAUCGAGUACAGUCGGGAUGCUCAAGCCGGUUGGCACUUGGACCGAGUCCGAGGACGAGCACAUCAUGCUGAUCCCAGUAACGAUUCAUGAGGAUGCAGGAAACGAUAAGAGUGAAGCGACUCUCCCUGUUGAUUCGGAAUCGAUUCCCAAAGCAGAGAAUAAAAGCUCUUCGAUCAUUGACGAGACUUCCAACGGAAAUUCCAGCUCGCCGAGCACCGAUGCCGCAGCUGUGGGAGCCUUCGAACAGACGACGAGUGUCGCAUCAUCGCCGCUGAUGACGACAGAACGCAGCGCUGAGAAAUCGACGGAAAAGAUGGAAAACAUCGAGGAGAAGCACCCCGAAGACAUGUCUCCUUUCCUACCGGAUGUGAUGAAAGAAAAAGAAGUGACGAAGAGUCCUCCGAGGUUAGACAAAGACGAGCAAGACUUUCCGAACCCCUUCGACCCCCACGUCGAGGACGCUGUUAUCCACAACCUGCACCACCAUGAUAGCGAAGCGACGGUGAAUUCGAGCACACCAGCAUCCACGAGAAACGCUGGCGAAGCUGAUGAAACCUCGGACUUCUCAAACGAGGUUCACACGCCCGUUGAAGGCGAGCCGAAAGCAUCGAGUGGGCAGGAAGACGAAAGGGAGGAAGACGCGAUAACGACUCUGCCGACUUUCACUGCCGACGCACCCGCCGCACAAGAAAAGAACGUCGACGAGCCAGCCGGCGAACGCAAAAUAGUUGAUAGCGUCGAUCUUGAGAAAGAUCAAGGCCAUCUCACCGGAAAUGACAACAGCUUGAGCGAACACGAGCCAACGAACGACGAUCUCAAGCUAUCCGAAAACGGGCCCAAUACUCGGCCUCAAAACGACCGGGGUUCCAACCUCCCAGGAACGAAUUCCAGCGCCCUUCGGAAGGAACUCGUCCCAGGCGUCUUAUCGCUCGAGGAUACGACGACGAAAGUACAGACAGCGAUACCGGAAACCCCGGAAACGACAACGGACAGUGAACCCAUGGAAAGUCCGACGACCCAAGCUCCUUCAGCGGACGCUUCCGCUCAUAUCAACAUCGACGACGCGCAGUUCCGCACGCGUAAGCCCGAGCACAACGUCGUCGAGGAGCAGUACAACGACAUAGGCGAUGAAAAGCUCUUCAAGAAUUCUCGCAUCGACAACGAGGUUUCGCCUGACGCAGAGGCCAACGAUAAAGCAGCGUUUGAACCGAGGUCCGACCCGCCCGGCGACGGCACGACCCUGACCCCCCAAAUGACGACUGCGCCGAACGAUUCGGACGCCGCAACUAGUCAAGAUUUUUCGGAUAAAAAUACUCCCACGGAGAUGAGCACGUUCGAAGCGAACGAUCGAAGAACGGAAGAGAACAAUACGCAGACCACGGAAAAUCCCAUUAUUCCGAUGGAAAUUCUACAAGAGGCUUCAACGACGGAAGUCAGCCCGAAAUCCGAAGCCGCAACGACGAUGAUCAGUGAGACGAAUCAAGACUUCGCUACAACGGACAAAGAAUCUUCCACCGAAGCUUCGAUCCCGAUGACGACUCAAGUCUCGUCGCACGAGAACACGAAAACAACGGCCCAAGUUCCGAUUCUGCCCGAAGAGUUGCAGACCACGGAACGCGAUUUGUCUGCUACGACAAUUUCGAGUUUGUCAACGUCUCCGGAAGCCGAGGGGUCUGAGAACGAAAUUUCUUCGUCAAGCAUUCCAAGCACGACGGAAAACCUGUCAACCGUCGAAUCCGGCAGCGACACCCCGGCAGCGAAAACGUUUACGAGCAACGAAGACGGAGGGAAACCAGGGAAAACCGCCUCUGAGAAAUUCGACGACACCGUGAGCUCCGACACCGUCACCGUAACUCCGGACGACAUAAAACCGGUGUCGGAGAUAGUUCUCGACGACCCCGAACCCGUCGAGUUUGAUUACAAGCAAUUUUUCACCACGACCGAGCAGCCUUCGACGACGAAUGUGCCUGAGGCGGAAGAAGAUGCUGCCUUGAGGGUCAUUCCGCUGGAAGAGAGUGAAGAUUUCAGUCGUGAAAACGACGAAAUUGCAGCAUCGGUCCAAGCGGUUUCCGAAGACGGAAGAUCCUUGGGAGAGAAAAUUAUGUUCCAACGAGAUUCCUCGAGCUCGACGACUCCCUCGGCGAUCCGCCCCGCGGGAGACGACACCAAAGUGCCAAAGCUGAAAAUCGUCGAAGUUACAUCGAUUUCUGACCAACCGGAAACCCCGAAAGAUCAAGAAUCUUUCAUGACAACACUCGCCCCAGCGACGAACGACGUCGAGUCCCCGCAAAGCGAGACGUCGUUCAAGCCGGCGAUUCCUCAGGUGCGUCAACAUCCGAUCGUCAUUCCAGUCUACGAAGAGAUCGAAGAAGAUUUUGAAGACCCUCGAAUGCAUCCGAUCGCGUACGGCAUCGAGACGAACCCGAUGGCCAAGUCCCACGCCAUUGAAGGCUCGGACGAAACCUCAUUGACUGCAUCGAGGGAGGAUCAUUCGGUGAAUUCGACGAGCGUGCCAGCAGCCGGAAUCACGGAGACACCGGAAGCCUCAAAAGAGCUUGGGAGAGGUGCGAGUGAGGCGACUACGGUUGCCCCUGAAACCGAUGCGACGCCGAACCCCGAUCCUGCACCUCCGCUUCCCAACUUGAUGUACUCGAAAUGUACCACCGGACAAUUCCAAUGCGCUAAUGGAACGUCCCGAGACGGAGCGUACUGCGUCAGUGGCUCCGCGAAGUGCGAUUCCGAAAGAGAUUGUUCGGAUGGCUCCGACGAAGAUAAUUGCGAGGAGGAACAUUGCUUGAAUAACUUCCAGUGCAAAAGUGGCCAGUGCCUCGCGAGACAUCUGGUAUGCAACGGUAUUAAAGAUUGUGGGGACGGUAGCGACGAGAGCGAAUGCGACAAAUGGUCUUGCAACUUUGACGAGUUCCGGUGUCCCAAUGGGCGCUGCAUCCCGGACCUUUGGCGUUGCGACGGGCGUCCCGACUGCGAAGAUCAUCGCGACGAAUAUUCGUGCUCCGAGAGCUGCGGCAACGACGAGUAUCUCUGCCAAACGGAGAAAUGGUGCAUUCCACAAACGUGGCGAUGCAACGGUGUGUCCGAAUGCGCGAGCGGCGAGGACGAGAAACUCUGCGACUGCUCGUUGGAACAAUUCAAAUGUCUGACCGGUGGCUGCAUUGCGGUUGAGCAGGUCUGCGAUGGCAUUGAACACUGCCCCGAUCGCUCCGACGAAUGGAACUGUCUCGUUGCCAACUUGACCGUCGUGAAGAACGAAACUCUGCUGGAGCAGGACGGCGCCCACGAAAAUUUGGCAGCGCCAGCCACGUUACUACAAAUAAAGCAAUCGAACAACGAGCGACGCCUGAUAUGCAGUGACGGUUGGAGUAACAAAUUCAGUGAUUUGUACUGUCAGAAUGUUGGAUUUUCUGGGGCGGAAAGUACCCAAACGGUGGUUAUCGAAGGUGGUGAAAAGAUCUUGAGAUUGCGCGAGGGGGCAGAAUCGGAGUCGAACUUCGUUUCAAAAUUGGAAAGCGUCGAUACGUGCCAAUCUGGCAAAGUCGUUGAAGUCUCCUGCCGUGAAUUCACGUGCGGUGCGCACGAGACCGAAGGACCAACGGCUCGUCUCGUCGGCGGCACCCCUGCUGGCGAAGGCCAAUGGUCGAGCGUUGCUCUGCUUCGCGAAGUUAAACACGGUAUCGCCUGUACUGCGAGCGUUCUCGGGCCCAUGCACGCUCUUGCCAGCUACUCCUGUAUCCACAGGCUCAGGCAGAGCAACAAUUGGGAAUUGUUCACCGGCAGAGAUUUACAGAAGUCAACAAAAGUGAAAACCAUCAUUCCGUACCCUCAAGUAAAGUACAAUCAGUUCCUGUACAGCAACGACAUAGCUUUGGUCGAGCUCGCCGAGCCGUUGGUCUUCUCGAGGAACGUCAGUGCUGUGUGUCUCCCGAGACAACCUUUCCUGCCUCGUGCUUUGUGCGUCACGGCUGGUUGGGGUUUUGCAACGAACGGUGAAGUAAAUUUGAAGCAAUAUCUCAAAUUCUUGCCCGUACCGACUUACGCUUCGGAAGAGUGCAAUGCUACAAGCCACUACGCCGGUUUCAUUACGAAAGACAACAUUUGUGCCGGGUACACGGAUGCUGACAAAGGAUCUUGCUACAACGACGAAGGAGCACCAUUGAUGUGUGCGACAGAAAACGGGCGAUGGGAGAUCCAGGGUUUGCUAAGUCACCAUAGCAGAUGUUCGAGAGUUCAUCCAGCGAUAUAUUCGAGUUUGAGCCCAGCUUUAUCCUGGCUCCGGAAUUCCGUGCCCGCAUUGCAAAUUCAAACUUAAUAGUGAGAUGCUUUAGUAGCAUUUGUUCGAAGGAAAGUGAUGGAAAGUAAGCGAGAAAACAAUUAAAACACACAAAAGAAAAGAAGAAACCCUAAAGUUGACUUCUCUUCGACCUCUCGAUCGAAGCUGAUCGGUCUGUGAUUUAAACUCAAUCAAAAUAACUCUCUAUAGUAGCGUCGUCAAGAACAUUAAAAAAAACGUCUUCCUCGAUAGCUAGAAAGAUUUGAGCCUCAAAAGCUUUUGCAGCAAAACAAUUAUUAGACCAAACAAGCAUGUUCUUAAGCGUGACCUGCGGAAAGGAGAAAAACAAAUGUUAGAAUAAAAUCGCACACUUAGAAGAAUUCGGUGCCGUCCAACUCGGAGUUCGAUCGCGAGAGAGAGAAGAAAAAAUCGUAGUACGAAGCCAACUCGAGGAGACUUGUACAUAAUGUAUAAAGCCGAAUGUUUAAUACGGACUGUGGGAGAUUUUUUGUUCGCCUAGCGUAGAGGACCUCUUGUAGCUUAUUAUUUUUUCAAAGAAAAUUUUUUUUUUCACCUUGAAAAAUGAAGUUUCGAAUCCAUUGCGAUUUUUCAAGACGCAAUUACAUUUUUUCUUUUGGAUACAUUGAUUAUUACCAACGCCACUUCCUCAGAAACGAGAAGUCUCUAGCUAUGUACGAAUUAUUCCAUACGAUCGACCGUGUGCCUUGUCACAGAAAUCCUGAAAGGUGGAUUUUUGCAAAACACACGAUAUCUUUGAGACAACUAUAAUUAGAUAGAUUAUAAAUGUAUAUAAUAUGUAGUUAUAUUGACGAAAGUAAUAUUGUUAUGAUUCUAUUAAUACGAAAAAUUUAUGAUGAUGUAUGCACGAGUCAUGGACGAAUGACUCAAGUAUUUUUAUACCAUAAGACAAGCAUAUGAAACAACAAGUAAAUAAAUGAAUAAAAAAUAUUAUAUUAAAAUGCUACGUAUCGUCUGUGAAGAAUAAUAAAAUUAUGGGUCUGAAGGAAAGGGGAGAGUGCUGAUUGCUGAUCAAAAGACGAACGACUUGACACAAAGUACUUGAAAAGAAAAAGUCAGCGCCGAGCCCUGCCCACUCUUAUAUAUGCAAAUACUACAGUUUUUGAGCCUGCUCAUGUUAUAAAUAUACUACACAUAAAUAUAUGAAUCGUCAAA